AUGCACAGAAAUGAAGUGCAAGGAACUUUGACUGGAAUAAAAAUAGUACAUAAGUUUAAAUAAGAUGAUGUUCAUAUAUUUUGUAUGAUCGAACAGAUUCAAUAAGGAAUUAAAAUACCUUAGACUUUGUGA